AUGAAAUCCUUUACAAAUUCUCUUUCAAAUCUUGGAGUUCUUAAAAAAAAGCAACUUGAUAAAAAUGCUGCUGCAUUUGAUUCUUUUAAAGAUCCUCUCUUGUCUUGUGUGAAUGACAAUUCAUCUUCUCCUUUGUCCAAAGCCCAAUUUCUUCUUGAUGAAAUCAAAUCUAAACGAUUUCCUCGUUGGGACCCAUCCAAGGGAUUGAUUUCUGAACAAGACUUUACCGACUUACAAACUCAGCUUUGGACUAUUGCCAAUACUGCUCCCACGGUGGCUUGCAAUGAUCAAUCUGCAGAUAUCCAACCUGUGAUUACAACCAUUUUAAAAUCAUUAAAGGAUGAAGAAAACAAAUACGAAUUUGCCAAACUUUUUUAUGAUAUUUUUGAUGAGGAAAUGACGGCUCAAACCAAAACUACAACUGAAAACCCCCCCCAGAUUGUUCCACGAGAUGAAAUGAAGGUGCAAAUCAAGGAGUUUGAAGACCUUGCAUUUAUAAAAGACAAUGUUGAUGAAGCAAAAGUAACUGCUUACCUUGAAGACCUUUUUUCUGAUGUCCAAGACGAGCUUAAAGAGUUUCGUAAAACUUUGGGUGUUUUUUCUCUCCAAAGCCUUAAAGCUGACGAGACUAGUAUCACCCCAGAAAAAAUCAAAGAUGCCAUUCGUCUUUAUCGCAAUAGCGGGCUUCUAACCAACGAAGAAAGUGCAAUUCUUAACAGUUUCCUUCAAGAUGAUACCGUUAUUAAUGAAAUUGUUUUUUUCGUUCAAAUGAAACUCGCUUCUAUUGACACUUUUCAAUGGGAAUCCCCAGUCCCCUCUUCUCCUAUCCGUCAACUCAAUGGUCGUUAUCGCAUAAUCAUGCAUACAGAUCUCUUAGACGGAAUAUUUUUUACUUACAUUGGCAAGAUUUGGUCAAAAGUUUUUUCCGAAUGUAUCAAUAAGUUUUUCCUUUCUCCUGCUUGGUCCCGCCCAUACUACAAGCUUUUCACCAAAAGUGAAAAAAGAGUUCGUGUACGAGUUUUUGAAGAAAAUAUCCUUAAGCUACCCUUUUAUUUCGAUUCUGAAUAUAUUUCAAAAUUAUUGGAAAGUAAUAGCCUUGAUACAAUCAGUUCAUUUAGAAUGAAAACACAGUCUGAAUUUUUCUAUUCUCAGCUUGAUACCAUCAACAAAAACAAAUCUGGCUAUGAUAAUGACGAUGAUGAUGACGAUGAUGAUGAUGAUGAUGAUGAUGAUGACGAUGAUUAUGAUGACAACAAAAAGGACAAUUCCAAAUCACCAAUUAAACUUAAACAAGAUUUACUUUCUUUAAUCAUUACUGAAUUGGAGCUUUCUCUUGCUCUUAAAAAGGAUCACGCUCUUGUGCGUACAGACUACAAAUCUUUUGGUCCCAGUGUUUCCUACACAACUAUCAAUGCUAUCCUUAAGUUCUUUAACGUGUCUCAAACCUGGCUUGAUUUUUUCCAAAAGUUUCUAAAGGCACCUUUGGAUAUCAAAAUCCCUGGUGAAGACGUCCCGGAGCCCACUCGUACCCGGGUGCGUGGUGUUCCGAUUUCGUUUGCCCUUAGUAAGCUUUUUAGUGAAGCUGUACUUUUUGCGCUUGAUUUCCAUGUCAAUAAAAUAAGUAAUGGUUCCGUGUUUUUGUACCGCAUGCAUGAUGAUAUUUGGUAUUGGACCCGCAGCAAAAGCCAAUGUGAACUCAUUUGGACCUCCAUCAACGAAUUUAAUAGCAUAAUGGGGCUUGAGUUUAAUUUGGAAAAAACAGGAUCUCUUGCUCUUAGUGCUGAACGCCAACCUUUUACUUCAACUACAUUACCAGAUGGUGUUGUUAAAUGGGGACUUCUUUAUCUUGAUAAUAAUGGGAAAUUUAAGAUUGACCAAGAGGCUGUUGACGAGCAUAUUUCGGAGAUGAAAUUUCAACUUUCACUUGUUCCGUCAAUUCUUUCAUGGGUCCGAGCUUAUAAUACAUACGUGACUAAGUUUUUGACUUCCAAUUUUGGUAAUCCUGUGGAAAGUUUGGGUAUUGAUCAUGUGCACGAUAUUAUUGCGACUUUAAGGCGGGUACAAAAGGAACUUUUUCCGGAACAGAACGGAGACUGUUGCUUGUAUUUAAUUGAAGAAAUUAAGAAGCGGUUUAGUUAUGGGAAGGGAGGCAGUGUUUUGAAUGAGAAUAAGAAUAAUAAGGAAGAACGUGAUGAUGGCGAUACGGCUGAGGACCCUGCAGAAAAGAACAGUCUCGAACAAGAAAAGUUCCCCUUAGCGUGGGUUUACCUUCCAGUAAAGUAUGGGGGGCUUGGGCUGGUUAACCCACUUUUUUACUAUUCGGCCAUUGUGACACAACACAAAAUUAAUGUUCAAAAAAGGGCUGAAGCGUCUGGUGGUCAGGAAAAGGAACAUUAUGGGUUUGAAGAGGUUAUUAAGGGUGACUUCAAGAAUUAUAAGAAACUGAAAGAGAAAUUUGAGACAAAGAGCCCGUCAAAAAGUCGUUCUUUAAGUGAAGACUCGAGUGAUGAUGAUGAUGAUGAUGCUGCUGCUGCUGCUGCUGCUGCUGCUGUUGGCAAAAAAUCUAAAGCUUAUAAAAAGUUUCAAUCUUUUAAUUAUUACUUGGCAGAUGGCCGAAUGGCCGAGGCAAUUUCUGAAAAAUGGGGAAUUCGAUUUAAGACUUUGUUUUCGUCUCUUGAGCCUGCGGUACUACACAUUUCUGAGGAAAAGAUAAGUCAAGCUGUAAAGGAGAUAGCUAAAGUUGAUGGAGGUCAUGAUGCUGAGCGGCACGCAAAAGCAAUUGUUAAUUUUAGUGUUGUCGGCAGACUUUAUGGACCCAAGAUGAUGGACUCAUGGGGAGGCAUGAGGCCUGUUUGGUUGCAAUGCUUACCUCUUGGUUCAAUUGAGCUGUGGAACAAACAAAGAAAUGUGUGGCAUUAG